AUCAACUGAUAAUAUUGAAUAUCGUAAUUUUAAUUUAUAACGUAAAAGUUUUAAAUUUUUCUCAUAAAAUGUUGAAAUGGUAUUCAAACGUUUAAUUAAUUAUUUUAUUUCAUUAAUUAACCUAGUUGUCAUCAGGCUUGGCUUAUGUGAUUCCGACAACAUUGAUGUGGAAAUCGUUUACAAAUCAAACGAUUUUAUAAUAGUCAACAAACCCGAAGACAUAUUUACAAACAAUCAUAACAAAGCAAGGCCGUCCUUGGAUGUAAUACUGGGAAAGAAAUAUCCACAUUUGGUAAACAGCAAAUUAGAACACAGUUUCUAUUUUGUGCACAGGUUAGACUUUGUGACCAGCGGUCUGUUAUGUAUUGCUCUAAACAAACGAGCGUGUGCCAAAGCUUCGAGUGCUAUGCAAAAAAGAAUAUCCCAAAAAUAUUACAUAGCGUUAGUCAGAGGACAUGUGUCCAAAGACCAUUUGGAUUUGACCAACCCUAUUGGUUACUGUGCGAAAGAAGUGGACGGAAAUAGAAAAAUGUGCAACGUGGACGAGGAGUGUUGCACCGAACCUCGGGACGCGCACACUCGGCUAGUAGUGUUGGAACGUGGCGUGUACAUGUCGUAUCCCGCUACUAAAGUUCUGUUACAGCUCGUCACUGGCCGACGUCAUCAGAUUCGGGUGCACUGUUCGACGAUUGGCCACACGAUUGUCGGUGAUUACACGUAUAGCGGUCGCAAAGAUACGAGUCCGCACCGGACGUUUCUUCACUCAUACAGGUUAAUAGUAUGACUAUUGAAAUUAAGCACACCCAAAUUACAAUAUUUCUGGAGAUCCGUGUCCGCUAUGGCGCUAUACUAACUAGAGGUGGUCUCAGUGGCGUAUUUACGAGGAGGGAUAUGGGGGGAUAGAUCCUCCCCUUGGUCUUUUUUUUACUAGUAAGUUUAAUAAUAUCGGUAAGUGUAACCCCCCACCUACGAGAAAAUUAUGUUUUCCAACGUAUAUCCUCCCCUGGACAAAAUCCUAAAUACGCCACUGGGUGGUCUUAUAUGGUUAUGACUUAUGAGGGUUGAACCUAAAAGGGUUUAGAUACUAUUUCAAAAACAUCCGCUUAGUAGUUGGUACCUACUUGGCUACUUAUUGAUCGUUCAAAAUGAUUACUUAGUUAAUAUUUACUAAAAAGGUAUCUAUUAGUAAUAUGCAGAGCUAGGAGUUGUAUGCAACAGCUUAAUAUGUUUUUUUUUGUUACGUCCAAAUGGAAUUUAAGUGAGUAAUGUCCAUGGACCGCGAUUUAUAUUAAUAUUGUGAUGAAAAUGGAACUAUUUUUAUUUUGCAUGUUUUUGCAUAUGUUGAGCUUAAUGCAUAUUUUUGCAUACUUAGUAUUAUCGUAUUUAUCGUAGGUACUUAAACCGAUAAUAAUUUAUUUGUUC